CCAUUGCUGCUGUCAGCGGCCGUGGUUUUGGAUUUGAGGGAAGAUUCCAGAGAUCUGGCUGUGGUAUUUGGAUUGCGAGAUUCAACAUCAGAGGAUCAGACAUCUAGCAGUGGCGGUUCUGGAGGCCGACUUCUUUCAUCAGUAACAAAAACUCUUGAUGAAGACGCACAUCAAUCUUUUAGCCUUAGCGUAGACUCCACUUACAGGAAUGAAUUUCAUAGUGUUGCUGGUGUUGUGACGACACCCGUCCCAACGUCACCUGAAAACGCCAGUACUCGGACAGGAGGAUAUUCGAGCAAACAGGGACACAGGAGUACUAGAUCCUUCCGAGGUCUCCGCAAACUUCUCGCGGCAAACAGGAAUAGAAAACAGGAUAAUUAUCAAGAGCUACCGACAACACCUGCAGCAGAAGUGGGCGGUAGUACUAGCAAAAAUGUUCUUGAGCAGGAUGACGGCGCAUCCAACUACAGCCAGCAGACGAGGAGUCUCGUCCAACAAAACACAACUUCCACCACGUCAUCUUCACCACCUGAAAAAUCCACCCGAACGCCACCUCCCAGACGUUUGGUAGGCAGAAUGGUUCUCGCUUACAUCCUGUGGGUGUAUAUUUUGACGCUGGUCGCUAUCUUUUUCAUCGUGUUGGACUUCUGCUCUUUGGGCCUGGACGCAUU